AUGUCUCUGAGACGCUCCGCUCGUGUCCAGGCGCAGCCAACACCGGAGAAAGAUGUACCAAAUGGCAAGAUUGCAGAGCAGAUUGCUCCACCAUCAAAGAAGCGAGGCAGGAAGUCAAACCUAUCUGAAGACGUCGCUGCAACCGCCAUAGCGCAAGAUGGAGACAUGAACGAUGCGGAACUGGACUCCCGGGAGAUGCCACCUCCAAGCACGCCGAACAAAAGACGGAGGGUUGCCAAAACCGAGGAAACGAAGCCGCCGCCGUUCACUCCAACGCCCUCCGCUAUUGGAUUCAUGACCCGCACUUCCCCAGCACAUAACUACAGCACGGGCGAUAUUGAUGAUGCGAGCCCUCCUCCGGCAGCGAGACGAGCUGAACCGCGACAUACAAAUGCUACGUUGGUCACACCGAGGGGCACGCAGGUGGAACCGACAUACAGCAACUUUGAGGAAUCGCCUUCGAAAGCCGGCGUCCAGGCUAGCACCACCAAGAGUCUUCUCGCCGACGCCUGUGCCCAUUUAAUCAAGGUCGACCCGAAUCUGAAGUCCGUCGUCGAUAAGCACCACUGUCGCAUUUUCGCUCCAGAGGGUCUCGCAGAGACCAUCGAUCCUUUCCGGUCCCUGGCGAGCGGGAUCAUUGCCCAGCAAGUCUCAGGCGCGGCAGCCAACUCGAUCAAAAACAAAUUCAUCGCUCUGUUCGCAGCGGAGUCUUGUCCGAACGGGUUCCCACUGCCUUCAAUCGUAGCCAAGACUGAUAUCACAACCCUGCGAUCUGCCGGCUUAAGCCAGCGGAAAGCGGAGUACAUCCAAGGCCUGGCUCAGAAGUUCGACUCCGGCGAGCUGAAUGCGAAGAUGCUGAUGGAAGGGUCUGAUAAGGAGGUUUUCGACAAGCUGCUCGCUGUCCGGGGAUUGGGAGCGUGGAGUGUAGAGAUGUUCAUGUGCUUUGGGCUCAAGCGUAUGGACAUGUUCUCAACAGGCGACUUGGGCGUGCAGAGGGGCAUGGCUGCGUAUGUGGGCAGAGAUACAGGCAAGUUGAAGGCGAAAGGUGGGAAAUGGAAGUACAUGAGUGAGAAGGAGAUGCUCGAGAUCAGUGCGAAGUUUGCCCCGUACAGGUAAAGACUGCGCCCAAACUAUCGUGUGCCAUUGCUGACGAGUAUACAGGUCGCUGUUCAUGUGGUACAUGUGGUAAGUGCUAGUAUCUUCUACCUCUUUUUCUCCCCAGCUGAUUGAAAAUACAGGCGGAUUGAAGACGUCGAUACCAAGGUCCUCGAAGACUAUUCAGCGUAG